CCUCUCCCCUCCGAACAAAGGAAGACUGGAGGGAAUUAAAUUCUCUGCUCGGAACCCGCGCCCCUUACCGGUCCUUCCUCGUCUGCAAUUGAUGUUCCAAUUCUCUCAUCCGUGCUCGAUGCUACUCUCCACGGAUCUCUAGUACGAGUACCCGACAACUUCCGUCCCAAAAGCCGUUGCUGUCGACCGGCCACCUUUUUUCGUGUGAUUCAACUUUUUGUGUUUCUCUUUGCUCCUCAACCUCCUCCCGGUCUGACCAAAUGGCGCCUACUUCACGAUCUCGAACCCAGACCAACACCUCCUCCAACACCACCACCUCCUCCUCCUUCAACUCUUCGUGUUCAACACCACACAAUCAGCUAGCCUCUCUAGGCAUGGAUGAUGAUUCGGAUUGUUCGAGCCUGAGCUCAGCUCCCCCCUCUCCGAUGACACCACCGGAGUUCUAUCCGUCGCCGCCCCCAUCGCAGCAAGAAACGGAGGAAGCUAGCAGUGGUAGUGGUAGUGUCAGUGGUAGUGCUGCCGCCCGCAGCCAAGACGACUUGCCGCCCGCUCGGAAGAAGCGUCGGGUGGCCGCCCCUAAGGAACGCUGCACUCAGCAUCUUGACCUAUCGUCUGGCGCCUCCCUCUCCUAUGAUCAGCAGCAGUCGCAGAUCGAUUAUCUCGUCAAGACUCUCCGCCGUCAUCGCAAAAUUGUCGUCAUUGCCGGUGCUGGCAUUUCCACGUCUGCAGGAAGUAUGCAACCUCCCUUGCCCUGAUCAUCACUCUGCCUCAAAAGAACCCUUCCUAUACUUCCUCCCCCCCCCUUCG